AUGAGAUCACAAUUCAAAGACGAGCAUCCUUUUGAGAAAAGACAGGCAGAAGCAGCCAGGAUUGCCCAAAGAUUCAAAGAUAGAGUACCAGUUAUAUGUGAGAAAGUUGAGAAUUCCGAUAUCCCUGAAAUCGAUAAGCGUAAAUACUUGGUACCCGUGGAUUUGACAGUGGGACAAUUUGUUUACGUGAUUAGAAAAAGAAUCAAGUUACCAAGUGAAAAGGCAAUCUUUAUAUUUGUCAAUGAUAUAUUACCCCCAACUGCGGCUUUGAUCAGUACUAUUUAUGAAGAGCAUAAAGACGAAGACGGAUUUUUGUAUGUUUUGUAUUCGGGGGAAAACACAUUUGGAAAGAAAGUCCCAAUUGAUUUGAGGGAGUUGGAAUAUGAUGAUAUCUCAACUGAUUACUAA